GAGUUAAUGGAGAAAGAGGGUGUUACCAUUACCAGUACAACUAUAGUUGCAGAGUUCAGGGGUUCCUUGGAGUAGCAUUAAAGUCUCCAAGGAGAGAAAAUAUAAAAACAUAAAAGAGAAAACAACUGGAGUCUUUUCUAAUAAAUGGUUUCUUCUUGUGAUUUAUAAUACAGUUGAUGAUUUGUUAUUACAGUGAAAAGAUCUAAACACAAAAAGAUGGUUUAUUUUCGUCAGAUUUUUCUCAUGAUCAUUGUAGUGAUGGUGUCAUUACACUGCUGCAAAGUUUGCAUUGUCGCUGAUGCUAAAGAGCUUGAUGAUUGGAAGGUUUUAAUGGUGGAACACGGUGAGAGAUACCGGACCCAACUCGGGAAAUACGCCGGAGAAGACGGAGGCGAGAAGAAUAAGCUUGGGUUUUUGGUAAAGUUCCGAGCUUUACUCGAUUUGAUUAAACCCUCUACUCCCCGGCGAAGAACUCUCGCCAAGUCUGCUUCUUUAUCUCCUUGGCCGGCGCCGUCGCCGUCUCCGUUUCCCGGUGGUGCUCCUCUCGAGUCUCCGGCGUAUCCUCCAGCUCCUCCACGGCCAAUCCCUCCACACCUCCGUCGUCCGUUGCCUCAACGGACCCAUCCACUGAAGCAACCCGAGAUUCAAAAGCGAAAACAUGAAAAAAAAGGAACACUGAAUAAGAUUCUUCUACCUGUCGCUGUCUCUACAGCUUCUGGAAUCGGUUUCGUUGUUUGUGUUGUCGGAGUGUUCUGUCUCUGCGCGAGAAUCAGAAAAAGGAAGAAGAGCGGUGAAACGCCGUCGAUUAAGCGGAAGAAGGGUAAAUCUCAGAGCUCAACGAGGAAGGUCAGUGUAAACCCUACUCUCGAUUUCUUGUACUUAAACUCACUAGGAGUUGAUUUGGAGAGACAAACCUCUGUUUCUUUAAAAGAAAUACGAGAAACCGAGAAGGAUUUGAACAAUAACAAUGGUGGGUUGCUUGAAGAAGAGGUAAAGAGAAGUAUUGAAACAGAGAUUUCGCAAGAUUGGGACAAUGCUAGUAGUUAUUCAACUAAAGAGAUUGUGUCGGUGCAUGAAAAUGAUGAUGAGCAAACAGUAGACUCUGUUUCUGCUCCUGUUGUUGUUAUAAAUGGAUGCAAUGAUUCUUCAGACGAUGAUGAGUCUUUUCAUUCUGUUGGUGGUGGCUCUCAGCAUUCAAAUCCAAGAUUAUCAAAUGCCUCUUCGGCUUCUGGUAGUGUUAACGUUGGAUCUUCUCAACGCUUCUCAGAACACAAACUGGAUAUUCCUGAAUGUUCCGGGAACGAUUUCGGAUUCUCUCCUCCACCACCGCCACCACCACCGCCGCCUCCACCGCUCCCGCAAUCCACAAAUAAACGUCUUCACACUCCUAAUCUGCAGACGCUUUCGUCCCAGUUAUGUGACAAAAUUUGCGCUUCUUCCUCAAAGUCAAAUCUUCCGAGCAGUGAAACAAAUUCACAAGAAAAUUGUUCUAAAUCUCUGCCGCGUCCACCACCACCGCCGCCGCUACCGCCCCAACAGCUUCAAGUAGCUGGAACGAACAAAACGCCCCCACCGCCAUUGUCUCUUGAUUUUUCUGAGCGUAGACCAUUAGGCAAAGACGGAGCUCCAUUGCCUAAACUGAAGCCGCUUCAUUGGGAUAAAGUCAGGGCUACACCAGAUCGGACUAUGGUAUGGGAUAAGCUCAGAACAAGCUCUUUCGAAUUAGACGAAGAGAUGAUUGAGUCACUUUUCGGAUAUACGAUGCAAAGCUCAACGAAGAAUGAGGAAGGAAAGAGCAAAACUCCCUCACCAGGGAAACAUCUUCUUGAACCUAAGAGACUUCAGAACUUUACCAUUCUUUUAAAAGCCCUCAAUGCAACCGCAGACCAAAUCUGCUCCGCCUUAGGGAAAGGGGAAGGCUUAUGUUUACAGCAACUAGAAGCGUUGGUAAAGAUGGUGCCGACUAAAGAAGAAGAACUGAAGCUGUCUAGCUACAAAGGAGCAGUGGAUGAGCUGGGAUCGGCUGAGAAAUUUCUCAGAGCUCUUGUCAGAGUUCCAUUUGCAUUUCAGAGAGCUGAAGCAAUGCUUUAUAGAGAAACGUUUGAAGAUGAAGUGGUUCAUCUUAGAAACUCCUUCUCCAUGCUUGAGGAAGCUUGCAAGGAGCUUAAAUCGAGCAGGUUAUUCUUAAAACUUCUAGAAGCUGUCUUAAAGACUGGAAACAGGAUGAAUGUAGGGACUAUACGCGGUGGUGCAAAAGCCUUCAAGCUCGAUGCUCUGCUGAAGCUCUCUGAUGUAAAAGGGACAGAUGGAAAGACCACUCUGCUUCAUUUCGUUGUACAAGAGAUCUCCAGAUCUGAAGGAAUAAGGGUUUCAGACAGCAUCAUGGGACGGAUAAUGAACCAGAGAUCAAACAAGAACCGAACCCCUGAAGAGAAAGAGGAGGACUACAGAAGGAUGGGGCUCGAUCUCGUCUCGGGUCUAAAUACAGAACUACGAAACGUGAAAAAGACUGCAACGACAGAUCUGGAAGGUCUUUUUAGCUCGGUAACGAAUCUGAGGGACGGCUUGGGGCAGUUGAGGUGUCUAGCGAGUGAGAAGCUGAAAGGUGACGAAGAAAACAGAGCAUUCGUUAGUUCGAUGAGCUCGUUCUUGAGGUACGGAGAGAUGAGCUUGGAGGAGUUGAGGGAAGAUGAGAAGAGGAUAAUGGAGAGGGUUGGAGAGAUAGCAGAGUAUUUUCAUGGGGAUGUGAGAGGAGAUGACAAGAACCCAUUGAGGAUCUUCGUGAUUGUAAGGGAUUUCCUGGGGAUGUUGGAUCAUGUUUGUAGAGAAUUGAGGUGUGUUAGGGUUCCCAAUAGCCCUAGCCCUUUGGCUCCGUUUCGAUGAACAGAGGUUUGAUUGUUUGGUUUCUGUAGGAAUUGUUAUAUGAAUUUCUUGAGUUGUUUUAUUGAGAAACAGAGUGGUUUUGAGCAAAGAUUCGGGACUUUGAGUCUAUGGAAGGUUAUGUGAAGAUCGGUAGAUAUGUAUGGAUUUGUAUACAGUAUGUGUAUCAUAUAUAUGCUAAAAAUCAUGAGAGACGACAA